CCGCGCGUGCGCGCUCCGCCGAGUGUAUGUGUGUUGAGUGUGUAUGCGGCCGAGGGGUGGUCCGCCGCCGCCGCCGACGAUGCCGCGGGGCCGCCCCCCGAAGCCCAAGGAGAGCAAGGCGCGCGGCGACACCGAUGGAGUUUUAACAUUGAAUGAGGACAACACUAAUUAUGGGUACCAAGUCCCAAACUUCCACAAAUGUGAGAUCUGUCUGCUGUCUUUUCCUAAAGAGUCCCAGUUUCAACGCCACAUGAGGGACCAUGAGCGAAAUGACAAGCCACAUCGAUGUGACCAGUGCCCCCAAACGUUUAACGUUGAAUUCAACCUGACCCUUCAUAAGUGUACCCACAAUGGGGAGGACCCCACCUGUCCUGUAUGUAACAAGAAGUUCUCCAGAGUGGCCAGUCUCAAAGCACAUAUUAUGCUGCACGAGAAGGAAGAGAACCUCAUCUGCUCUGAGUGUGGGGAUGAGUUCACUCUGCAGAGCCAGCUGGCCAUCCACAUGGAGGAGCACCGGCAGGAGCUGGCCAAGAACCGCGUGCACACGUGCAAGGCCUGCGGGAGAGAGUUCACCACGUCUGCGCAGCUGAAGGAGCACACAAAGACACACUACAAAGUCAGGGUGUCACGGUCGUACAAUCGGAACGUCGACAGGAGUGGCUUCACGUACUCUUGCCCCCACUGUGGAAAGACGUUUCAGAAGCCGAGUCAGUUAACUCGCCACAUUAGGAUCCACACAGGUGAAAGGCCGUUUAAAUGUAGCGAAUGUGGAAAAGCCUUUAACCAGAAGGGGGCGCUGCAGACCCACAUGAUUAAGCAUACAGGUGAAAAGCCCCACGCCUGUGCCUUCUGUCCUGCUGCCUUUUCUCAGAAAGGGAAUCUCCAGUCCCACGUGCAGAGAGUCCACUCGGAGGUCAAGAACGGCCCCACCUAUAACUGCACAGAGUGUAGCUGUGUAUUUAAAAGUUUAGGGAGCUUGAACACGCACAUCAGCAAGAUGCACAUGGGUGGGCCACAGAAUGCGACGAGCUCUGCGGAGACUGCUCGCGUCUUCACGGCCACGCUGUUCCAGACUUUACCUCUUCAGCAGACAGAAGCUCAGGUCACAUCGGCUUCAAGUCAGCAGAAUUCACAGGCCGUGACCGAUGUCAUCCAGCAGCUCCUAGAGCUCUCGGACCCGGGGCCGGUGGAGUCUAGCCAGGCCACGCAGCCUGGCCAGCAGCUGAGCAUCACCGUGGGAAUCAGCCAGGAUAUUUUACAGCAAGCCUUAGAAAACAGUGGGCUGUCUUCAAUUCCAGUUGCAGCACACCCCAGCGACGCCAGCCUCGCCAAGACUUCCGUGCCGGGUCAGGAUCCAGACAUCGCCGACGUGCCCAGCGAGCCGCCUGGGCCUCCAGAGGCCGAGCAGGACACAGGGCAGGAGAGCCCAGAGAAACUGGACAGAAAGGAGAAGAAAAUCCUCAAGAAGAAGUCGCCAUUCCUACCCGGUUCCAUCCGCGAGGAGAACGGCGUCCGCUGGCACGUGUGUCCCUACUGCGCCAAGGAGUUCCGGAAGCCCAGCGACCUGGUGCGUCACAUCCGCAUCCACACGCACGAGAAGCCUUUCAAGUGCCCGCAGUGCUUCCGGGCCUUCGCCGUCAAGAGCACGCUGACCGCGCACAUCAAAACGCACACGGGCGUCAAGGCCUUCAAGUGCCCGCACUGCAUGAAGAGCUUCUCCACGUCCGGGAGCCUCAAAGUGCACGUCCGCCUGCACACAGGAGUCAGACCUUUUGCUUGUCCUCACUGUGACAAGAAGUUCCGAACCUCAGGCCACAGGAAGACCCACAUCGCUUCGCACUUUAAACACACAGAGUUGAGAAAGAUGAGGCACCAGCGUAAACCCGCCAAGGUCCGUGUGGGCAAGGCCAGCGCGCCGGUCCCCGACAUUCCUUUGCAGGAGCCGAUCCUCAUAACCGACGUAGGUCUUAUCCAGCCCAUUCCAAGAAACCAGUUUUUUCAAAGUUAUUUUCAUAAUAAUUUUGUAAAUGAAGCAGAUAGACCAUACAAGUGUUUUUACUGUCAUCGUGCAUAUAAAAAAUCUUGCCACCUUAAACAACACAUCAGAUCACACACAGGUGAAAAGCCCUUUAAAUGUUCUCAGUGUGGAAGAGGCUUUGUUUCUGCGGGAGUGCUCAAAGCACACGUCCGAACGCACACUGGACUAAAAUCUUUCAAGUGUCUGAUAUGUAAUGGCGCUUUCACUACGGGUGGCAGCUUGCGGCGGCACAUGGGCAUCCACAACGACCUUCGUCCCUACAUGUGUCCCUAUUGCCAGAAAACAUUUAAGACCUCGCUAAAUUGCAAAAAGCACAUGAAAACCCAUAGAUACGAGCUUGCGCAGCAGCUGCAGCAGCAUCCGCAGGCCGCCUCGAUGGACGACAGCACCGGGGGCCAGCAGGGCGUGUCCGUGUCCACGCAGGUGCCGGUGGACAUGGGCAGCCCGGAGCUGCAGCAGACGGCUGACGCCGUGACGGCAAACCCCGCAGCCAUGCUGGACCUGGAGCCGCAGCACGUCGUGGGGGCAGAAGACACGGGGCUCGGCCAGCAGUUGACAGACCCGCCUCUGGAAGCAGAUGAAGAUAGGUUUGUGGCUGCACAGCACGCACUCCCGGGGCACAUGGACCAGUUUGACGAUCAGGCUCCCCCACAGCAGUCCUUCGGACCGGCGGGCUUGUCGCAGGGUUUUACGGUGACAGACACAUACAAUCAGCAGACCCAGUUCCCACCUGUCCAGCAGUUACAAGACUCUAGUACACUGGAGUCUCAAGCGCUGGCCACGAGCUUCCAGCAGCAGGACCUACUGCACGUGCCAGGGUCCGAGCCCAUUGCCGUCACAACUCCUCUGAUUCAAGAGUCAUCCCAAGAGGAACUGGACCUGCCGGCGCCACGUUCCCAGUUCCUGGAGGACAGCGAGGACCAGAGCCGGCGCUCUUACAGGUGUGACUAUUGCAACAAGGGCUUUAAGAAGUCUAGCCACCUGAAGCAGCACGUGCGGUCGCACACAGGGGAGAAGCCCUACAAGUGCAAGCUCUGCGGGCGUGGCUUCGUCUCCUCCGGGGUCCUCAAGUCCCACGAAAAGACACACACAGGAGUGAAGGCGUUCAGCUGCAGUGUUUGCAGUGCUUCGUUCACGACCAACGGCAGCCUCACCAGGCACAUGGCGACGCACUUGAGCCUGAAGCCGUACAAGUGUCCAUUCUGUGAGCAGGGCUUCCGGACCACCGUCCACUGUAAAAAGCACAUGAAGAGGCACCAGACGGUCUCCUCCGCGGGACCAGCGACCGGAGAGGCAGACGGGGGAGGAGAUAUAUGUAUGGAGGAAGAGGAAGACAAUCCUGAAAGAAAUGCGUCCAGAAAGGCCCGUCCCGAAGUCAUCACUUUCACCGAGGAGGAGACGGCGCAGUUGGCCAAGAUCCCGCCGCAGGAAAGCGCCACCGUGUCGGAGCGCGUCCUGGUGCAGUCGGCCGCCGAGAAGGACCGCAUCAGCGAGGUGAAGGACCGGCAGGCGGAGCUGGAGGCCGAGCCCAAGCACCCCAACUGCUGCUCCUACUGCCCCAAGAGCUUCAAGAAGCCCAGCGACUUGGUCAGGCAUGUCCGUAUCCACACCGGAGAGAAGCCGUAUAAAUGUGACGAAUGUGGGAAGAGUUUUACUGUCAAAUCCACCCUAGACUGCCACGUGAAGACUCACACAGGGCAGAAGCUCUUCAGCUGUCACGUCUGCAGCAACACCUUUUCUACGAAGGGAAGCCUGAAAGUGCACAUGCGCCUGCAUACGGGAGCGAAGCCUUUCAAGUGUCCGCAUUGCGAGUUACGGUUCCGGACGUCGGGGCGAAGGAAGACGCACAUGCAGCUUCAUUACAAACCGGACCCGAAGAAAGCCAGAAAGCCUGUGCCCCGCAGCCCGUCGGAGGCGCUCCCGCCCGCCAGCCUGCUCAGCCCAUCCCCCACCGACCCCAGCGUGUUCGUCAUGAACAACUCGGUUCUCACGGGCCAGUUUGAUCCGAGUUUGCUCCAGCAGGGACUGGUGAGCCAGGCCGUGCUCCCUGCCUCCAUGUCAGCUGGCGGUGACUGGACAGUGUCUCUGACCGAAGGGAGCCUGGCCGCCCUGGAAGGCAUCCAGUUACAGCUGGCUGCUAACUUGGUCGGGCCAAAUGUUCAGAUCUCUGGGAUCGACGCCUCGAGCAUCAAUAACAUCACCUUGCAGAUUGAUCCGACUAUUCUGCAGCAAACGUUACAGCAGACCAACUUGGUGACGCAGCAGCUGACAGGGGAGCCAGGCUUGGCCCCACAGAGCAGCUCUCUGCAGACAUCGGACAGCACGGGCCCAGCCAGUGUCGUCCUCCAGCCCAUCUCUGGCCUGUCCUUGCAGCCCACAGCAGCGUCAGCCAAUCUGACCAUCGGCCCGCUGUCUGAGCAGGAUUCCGUGCUGACCACCAGCAGCGGGGGGACUCAAGACCUCUCUCAGGUGAUGACAUCGCAAGGCCUGGUGUCCACCUCCGGUGGCCCCCACGAGAUCACCCUGACCAUUAACAACUCGAGUCUCAGCCAGGUCUUGGCACAAGCUGCUGGGCCCGCCGUCUCCUCCUCGGGGUCCCCACAGGAAAUCACCCUGACUAUCUCCGGUCAAGAUCUUAUUCAACACAAUUCUAAUGGAAGUAGUGAACUAAACGGAAGCAUAAGGCUGUCAGCCCCUGCAAUCAAUAAUCAGCCUGCAGGUGCCACCUUAACAAUAAGCAACGAUCAACUUCUCUCGCAGAGUUCGACCUUGAACUCUUCAGAGCUGACCGCUGCGGCGGGGAACCUUUCCUCCACGACACCGACGUCUCCGUCUGCUGUCGCUGCUCAGAACCUGGUCAUGUCAUCAGCAGGAGUGGGAGGUGAGGCCAGCGUCACACUAACUCUGGCGGACACUCAGGGCUUGCUCUCGGGAGCACUGGACACAGUCACACUCAACAUCGCUUCUCAGGGCCAGCAGUUCCCAGCCUUGCUCGCCGACCCCUCCCUGUCGGGUCCCGGAGGAGCAGCCUCACCCCAGGUCAUUCUAGUGAGUCACACGUCCCAGCCGUCGUCGGCGACCUGCGAGGAGAUCGCCUACCAGGUAACUGACGUCUCUGCCAGCCUGGCCCAGGGCAGCCAGCCCGAGAAGGAGGGCCGGCUGCACCAGUGCCUGGAGUGUGGCCGCACCUUCACGUCGUCUGCCAUGCUGCUGCAGCACAGCAAGGCCGCCCACGGCCGGGAGCGCAUCCACGUGUGCCCCGCGUGCAGGAAGGCCUUCAAGCGUGCCACCCACCUCAAGGAGCAUAUGCAGACACACCAAGCUGGCCCGUCUUUAAGCUCCCAGAAGCCGAGAGUGUUUAAAUGUGACACUUGUGAGAAGGCAUUUGCCAAACCGAGCCAGCUGGAGCGACACAGCCGCAUCCACACAGGCGAGCGGCCCUUCCCCUGCGCUGUCUGCGAGAAGGCGUUCAACCAGAAGAGCGCGCUGCAGGUGCACAUGAAGAAGCACACGGGCGAGCGGCCCUACCGCUGCGGCGUCUGCGCCCUCGGCUUCACCCAAAAGAGCAACAUGAAGCUGCACAUGAGGCGGGCGCACAGCUGCACGGGAACUUUGCAGGCGUCCGCCAGCCGCCAGGAGCAGGGAGGCGAGGAGCUGAGCCAAACGCUGCACCUGGAGGAGGUGGUGCCCGAGGCCGCGAGCGAGUGGCAGGCGCUGGCCCAUGUGUUCUGACCCCCGCAGGGACCGUCGGGGGCGGGGGCUCCAGUUUAACUGCAGAGCAGAGCGCUUGGGGUUUCUGUUGGGAAGCUUCACGUGUCAAACAUGUUACCACAGUAGUUUUUUAGCUCUAAAAUUAUCUAAAGAAUCAUUGUGUUUCAGAGAUUUACAGGAAAGAAACUGGGGGUGUAAAGACACCGUUGUGGUUCGUCUGCAGAUCACGGAACUCAGGUACUACAGCCGGUAGCUCCGCCUUCGCCCAUGGCCAGUGCAUCUAGUCGGAAGGUUAACGUCCUGACUGGCAUUGUGGUGGGAUUCCUUUGUAUUAGCAAAGACAGGCGUAGCAUGGAAACGGCCAGAUAGGUUUUCCUUCGUGCUUUCUGUUGUAAGAAGCACAGCUUAUAAAACAACCAUAAGAUAAAGUGCAUGAAGUCCAGAAAAAAUGUUAGAACACACAGGGAAGUUGUUUCCAUUCUUUUCUCUGUGCGUUUUGAAAUCAGUAGAAAUUGACUCUUUUUAGUCAACGGUAAGUUAGUAGAACUAAAACCGUGAGAGAUGGCUGGACCAAUUCUCUCUCCAUUACAAACACCUAAUCAUUAGUGACAAGAAGACAGCAUCUGGAGCGUAAACAUGGGGGACAGUAAACCCGACACGGACGAGGAUGAAAGGCCGUGUGAUGCCACUCCGGCCUCGACAGCAGGCACUGGGGUUCCUGGGUCAGACCCCUGCGGACAGCGGGAGCCGCACGCUGCAGACGGGGCUCAUGGGAGCUGAAGCCCCUUGCCCACGUGAGCAAGACGUGCGUCUGUAUUGCAGGGUGGGAACCCACAUGGGCCCACGAUCGUCCCCUCGUGCGUAAGCACGUGUGGUUUUUAUUUCAGGGAAUUCUUUAGUAUCUAUCAUCAAUGGUGCCACGUUCAACGUCCCAAACGAAACCCACCCCGCGCUGGGGCGGGGUGUGUGUCCUUCCCACAGCAUUCCAAAGAUGGAGCGUCCGUCCUUCGUGUGACCCCCCCCCCAAGAUAUUUAUAUGUUCUCUAUAUAAAUGCAUAUGUACAUACACAGGUAUGUCGGCCUCUGGCUGAGCAGUAUAUUUUGUAAAUACAAGCACUGACCCAGUUACAGAGAGCGUCAGAGUUCUUACCUCCACGAGCACUUCAGAUCAGUAUUCUCUUCAUUUUGUUAAUAAAUGGAUCUCUUUUCCUUGUAACAUAGAGCUGGGGUUGUUUUGUUUGUGUUUUCCAGAAAAAUAAUUGCCUUUAUUUUCUCUCAUUGCCUCCCUGGUUUCACAAGAGAGCAGUUUUAUUAUAAAUAUUGUAUGGAUUUUGUAUAUUAAGAGAGGAGCUCGUUUCAGAUUCCUGAAAAUAGAGACAUUUCACUGUUAUUUUUUGAAAGGGCAUCUUUGAUUUUUUUGUUCUUGUUCACUUUCGGAUAUGUAUAUAAGUAAUAUCGAUGGUGAUAUAAAAACUUUUGUUAUGUGAAAAUAUUUAAGUCAGAAAACUGUUAAAUAAUAUUACUUUUUUUUCAAACUGCUUUGUGUAUUGUAUAUUUUUUUAAGGGAAAAAAGCCUUAUUUGACUUAUCCUUGUGAUACUGGACUUGUUAUAUAUAUCCUGAGGUUUUCCUGAAUGUCAGCGUGUGUACCUGGCUGUCGUCAGUGUAUUCAAAAUAAUUGUAAUUUUGCCAGAGUUUUAAAGGUUCUGCUUUUAAUGCACUUUCUUUUAUAAUUUUGUAUUAAAAUAUUUUAGAAGUGUUGAUUAAUUCUGGUGAACAAAUAUCCGCAAAGUUGCAAUUAUUGGAAUUUUACAAAUUUUGUUCUUGUUUAUUUAUUUUGGUUUUGGCAUUAAAUGUCAUCUCAGGACGGUCUCUAAAAGGGGUUUGUUUAAUUCCUAAUUGCACAGAAAGCAUAGUUCACUGAACUGUAUUGGUGAACUGCCUGUUUAAGCAAAAGGCCUUACAGGUGAGUCGAAAGCCUACUUUUAUUUUGGUUACAGAAAAAGAAAAAAGAAAAAGAAAACCUACCAAUAAUUAAUUUUGUGAGUUUUCUGAAUUUAUUAGCAGGCAAACACAAGACAUUAUUGUAUUAUCUUGAUUUACUUCCUAAUUAUAAAAGUUGCUUCUUUGCAAAACAUUCCUUGAAAAUAUCAAGUUUUGUAAAGAUAUAAUUUCACUUGGAUCUUCAGUGGAGUACAGGCUGCUCUUUAUAUUUUAGUGGUUGAUAAAGUCUUCUGAUGAGAUUUCUAGAAGCCUUCUGCACAACCAGGAUUUUGAGAAUAGAUAACUGUAUUUUUAGAAAUAUCUCAUCCUAGCAUAUCUGUUUUGGAAUAACAAUAAAUAAAAAAAUGAAGUUAGGAAGUGUGAUUAAUUCUUUUUUUUCCUUAAAUGUUUAAGAAAGUUUGGCAUAUGAAUUAAUUUCAGGUUCAGAUAAUUUUUCACAGAAAAGAACUUUAAUAUUUAAUAUUUUGCUUUUCCUCUGUGAAGUUCAGGGAAUGACAGCUUACCCUUGCAAGGUCUAUCUGAAGAGCUUCCAAGUUCAAAAAUGAGGACAUUGCUCAGUGGCCGGCACGCUGCCUGCGUGUGCUGCAAGCGUCCUCACUGUCCUCAGCUGUUCUCAUCAGGGCCCAGGUUAGACACACCCUGGUGGUUUAGGUCCCUUUUGAAAGUUCCUGCCUGGGACCCACUUCUGAGGGUUGCAGUGCUUAACUAACCUGAAAGGAUGAAACACCGUCCCACAGAGACUGAACCCCGAUGGGUGUAGUUUAUAGAUCAGUGCAUGGAGGGUCCCCUCCGAUGGGUGAUGCAGACGUGGGCAGGUCCAUAGAAUGGCAUGAGAUUAAAACAAAAUCAUCCUUUCAGAGAUGGAAAGUCAGAUCCCCUUUGCCGCACACACCCCUGUCCUUUUGCCCCCACACACGUGCACACCAGCCUGUGGCCCGAAGGUGCAGCACAUCAAACUGCCUCUUGUCCUCUGACCAUGUGAUCUGGGGACCUGGAAACCUGUCCAAAUGAGGACUUGCCAUUGUCCCUUUUCACGGGAAAAUUUCAGUACCAUCCAAUUUCAGCAUUGAACUAGGGAACGCUGCUUCAGGACAAUAUUUUGUGCUCCCCGGCCCAUCGUCAUGUUUAAGGAAAUGUAGAUCUGGAUUUCACAGUGAUAGCGAGUGUUCUCUGACUUCUAAACUCAACACCAUUUAUGUGCAAGAGACACUCGCGGUCGUACAAGACUCAAAAAAGUAGAAGUGGAUUUCUGUUCUUCACGUGGAUUUUCCUCUUUGCAGAAGAAUAUUCAUGACUCACAAGGAGACACAUUUUUAACAAAGCGAUCAUCAGAUUUAUGUAAGACGUUUUUGAGAAAAUACGUAGGAUACGUGGAACUGCUUUCCGGUUAGUAUGUUAGAGAGCUCUCAUGCCUGUUUUUCUCAUGCAUAGUUUUUCCCCAGGAGUUUAUUUCAAAGUCAAUACUAUGCUCCCCCCACCACCAAAAAAAAGUUAAUCCAAGGCUGGAUCGCUGCUAAUUAAUAUAUCCUUUUUCUAAAAAUCUAUUGUACCGAAUGAAGCAGAGAUGAAAUUGUACAAUUGAUAUUUCUGAAUCUAGAUGUCUUCUCUGUUUGCAGCUAAUCUAUUUAUGUAACAGGUGUUUUGGAAUUUUUAGAAUUUCAGAAGUGCCUGCAUACAGGUUUGGGACCUCUAUGUCUUUACCUUACUAUAGUGAAGAUUAGCACUUUAAAAUCUAGUUGUGUCUUUGUUGUUUAAAAAGUGGGGCAGUCAGACUCUUGUAGGGUUGGAUGCCCUGAGUUUCCCCAGGAAAGACACAGGCUCCUAAAGCCAGUGUCCUGUUUGGUCACUGCUGAGCUGAUCUGAACUUAGCCCCCUUCCUCAGUCACACGUGGGUACCGAUGAGCACGGAGACGACAUGCUUGUUUUUUACAGGGGUGAUGAAUAAAAUGCUUAAGCACUAAAAAAUGAAGACUAAGUGGCAGGAGCAGUAGGCAGUAAUCAUAAAAGAUUUCUCUAAUCUUUUUUAUGUGUAAUGCUUCACAGCAUGGAGACUUUUGUAUUAAAUCAAGAUUUGUAAUCUAUUUGACACAUUCUAAAAUGACAGUGAUUCAUUCUUGAUUCACCACUAAAGAAAAAUUUUAAUUUUUUUAUUUACAGAAGAAUUUUUUUUAUCUUCAGAACUGUUUCAUGGUCUGUUUAUACGUUGGAUGAUAUUUAUUUAAUCCAAUUUUGUACUACAAAUGGAUAGUUAUGCCAAAAGCCACUUUGCCGGCCUUAAGAAUAAUAAAAAUAGUUUUUGUAUUAUUUGAAAGCUCCUGUAUAUUUACUUGUUUGGGCUUUGGGUGAGUUGUAACUGUUUAAAGAUGGAUCUUUCCUUUACGUCCCAUUUUCAGUGUGAGUUAGCGCACAGAGCUGCUGCCGUGGCCAGGAACUCAGAUCCCCGGGUUGGAAUAGUGCGAGGAUGUCUUAUUUUCUGUCCUUGAGGGUAUUUUGCACUUUCUCUCUCGUAAGUAAGACAUUUGAAAGUGACUUGAAAUGAAGUGAAAAUCAGAAUACCAGUGUCUGUUCCUGAGGUGGGUGCGGUACCGGACUUUCCCGGAAAUACCAAUGGAGUUAGCUCAUAUUAUAGCAUCUAGUCCUUUGUAAAGAUACGUUUUCAAACUUUUGUAAGUUCGUAGUUUAUAGAGCCAUUAUCCUGUCGAAAUAACAAAUUAAGGAUCUCUUUCUUCUUAGUUCACUUUUAUUUCUACCACAGACUGGGGACUCCAUACACUUUUGGACUGAAGCAGCUCAAGUGAUCUGACUCCUCCCUGGGCUUUGCUCAGAGGGAACGGGAAGAAGCUCAUUCCACCUCCUGGCUUGUUUGUCCCAGGGGGCUAUCGCUCUACUGUUUUAAAUAUGGUGGGCGGAGGAAGGUCGGUUCUUUAUCAGGUAAUGGGAAGUGUGUUCCCUGUACAGUGGAUUGCCUCAACUAUUGAAAAUGCUUCUCCAGGUGAAUUUUUCAAGAAUGCUUGGCUGUGUUACAAUGUGAGAGCGUUUGUGUUUAAAUACAAAGGCAUGAGUUUGCUGAGCCCCCUGGGCACUGUAGAGCCGCGGCAGGGUGAUUCGGGAUCUUAGUUCAGCGUAGCCCACACCGACCAUUUGUAAAAUGUAAUGAUCUUUGCAGGAUGCUGCAGAUUCCUCAGUCGGAAGGGGUUUGGACAGAGACAGGAGGAAGGGGUGUCGGCAUUGGCUUGGAGUCGCACCUGCACGCGGGGGCAGCCCACUGCCCAGCGUCUGGCUCUGGUGGUGGUAAACGGAAACAGUCUGGGGUCUGGGGGGCCCCGCAGAAAUGGGCUGGUGUCCUCCCACCAUCGUCUCAGAUGGGGCCUGCCCUUGCUAAGUUUCACAAAUUCAGAUCAUUUCUCACAGCCAUAAUUGAGACAGAAAAGAACCUGUGGUUUUGUUAAAAGCAAAACAAAACGAAAAAUGAUUUCAGUUAAUCUUGAAAGACAAUUCUUAUAGCCAAAGCAACUAUGAACAAAAAUAAGUGACAGAAAUCACUUAUUUCUGUCAAUGUUCCUGCCAGUACAGUGUGGCCAAAAGUAAUUUUUCAAAGAUCCUGCAGUUCACACCAGCUGGGUGCUCACACUGGUGAGAUAAUAAAAGGUGAGUGGACUUUCAAACAUCGUUUAACAGUAACUUGAGAAGUCCUUUCCCGGGAGCCGGGAUCGAUGCCCUGACAGGACCCCGUGCACUUUGUCUUGCUAACGUGUAAACCGUGAGGUGAGAGCGCAUCUGCUGGACGGCUUAUGUCCACACAUCACUCUGAGACGGGACAAUCGCUGUACGGGGUCACGUUCUAGAGACCACAAUGAGAGGAAGACGGCGCCAAUGUCAUUAAAAGUUUAUUAUGUGAUUUCACUACUCAAGAACAGAGUGUAAUUUCCGUGAGGCCCGCGGUCGCAGUGCCCGCGGCUGCGCGUCGUCCCGAGUAGUGCCCACUGAGCGUCAGCUCCGAUGCAGAGGGCUCGUGUCCAGCGAUUUGGAGGUUUUGUUUCCGAAAUGUUCUUUAUGUUUCUCUUAUCACUGAGGCUAUGUGUUAAUAGACAUUGUGUUAAACCCACACUCGACAUUCAGAGUUAGAACAGGAUUAGAGGGGUGCACUCGGCAUUACGUGGGCUAUUCCAUCUUCGGGAGACCUAUGCUCCUGGGAGCUCUUUGGAAGGUGACAAGGUGCCAGGAGACGCGGAACUCACAAGGCAGUCAGUACGUUAUGGAGGGGAGCAGGGGGAGUGUCAGCUCAUGUUAGAAAGGAGUUUGCUCCAGAGGACAGCUCCUCCAUGCUCGGAUGGCCGACCAGCCAUGCGUCUAGGGCAGGGGCAGGGACGGGGCAAAGGCAGGCCCCCCACUAGGCCUAGUUACUCAGCACGCUCACUUCUAGGAAACAAGCAGACGGAGGUUAGUGUUUGCCAUGUGCACUGCCAUGCCGAGCGCACCACCGGUCACGUUCGGCUCCCCACGUGACCAGUGUGACACUGCGCGGCUACCCAGAAAACUCCUACAAGUCCCACUCUCUCUGUGUUGGGCUCCCUGAGCCCCCAGCCGGCCGGCUCUGGGGAGGAGGAAACAGGUGGUUUGUGGAGGCCGCUCUGGUUCCCACUGUGCCAUCACCUGAUUUCCAAGAUCCCGUUUCCUGCUCGAGGCCACCACCCAGCCCCUUUGCCUCCUCAUCCCCUCUCUGCCACACACGAAUCCUGCCAAUUAGGGGGUGGGAGCAGCCCACGGCCCCGUGUCCACCACGUCACACUGUCCUCAGCUGCCCGCCCGCAUCUCACGUACCGAAGCCCCCGUGGGGUGAAGCCACUCCUGACUGCCUGAUCCUGUUAGGAAAAUGAGGUGCCUUGGGGGAGACAAGGGGCGGGAGAAGAAACCAAAGGAAGCGCGGAUCGCCAGUCCCACCACCCGCACGCGUCCUGUGUCCACAGCAGUGUCUCCUGGGAGUGCCUGAAGCCGAGGGCGGGAGAGCACGCAGCGUGAAGCCAAGGACGGAAGGGUGAACUGGAGGGACGUCGCCGUGGUCUGAGACCCCAGGACACUUUAUCUCGAGAUGUACAGUAGUGACCGUUUUAACCGUUUUGUGUUUGCGUUUUCUCCAUGUAGCUGCUGGCCAGACAUUGCCGGGGGAUGCGC